GUGGCCUCGGAGGGUUCGCAUUUGCGGGCCUCCGGCGCCUGGGCCACCGACGCGGCCAACGCCGUUUGCCGGGGCGCCUGCCUGGCCCAGGUCAUCUCGCGGACGUCGGCCGACGCGCUCUUGAUUCAGGAGCGCGGGAGCCACUCCGAGCUCCAGCUCGCCUCAUCCGCGCGGGCGGCCUACCUUGGCGCGGCCCUGAAAAGCGGCACCCACGCGCGCAGCAUAUGGUUGUUCCACAGCCAGGGCAUCUCGGAGUCCAACCUGCAUGUCCUUGCCGAGGCUGCCGCGCUGCUGGGCCUGCUGUCUGGCCCAUGGGUGAUUGCUGGCGAUUGGAACGUCGCGCCGCAGAUGCUCACCGACGCUGGAUGGCUCGACGUCGCCCAGGGCCGCAUCGCCUCCCCCGCCAUCUCCGCGCGCAACGGCUCCACUUGCGAUUUCUUCGUCGUCAGUCGCAGCCUGGCGCGCGCAGCGCUCGGAGUCAGCCGGAUCGACGAUGGCGGAUUCACCCCGCAUUUUCCUACCAGGUGCCAGCGCCGCGGCCCCGGCCACGCCUCCGCUGGGAACCAGCUGCGGGGCGCCCCGCUGCGCGACGCGCAGGCGCGCCCUCAAUCGCCGCGGGUGGCAUGGCGAACAUGUUCGGCUCGUGAUUGCGAGACUGCUGCCGUGCUCGGGCUGCCGCGGCCCGCCGCUCACGACGAGGUCGUCCUCGCUCGCCACUGCUCCAGGGAGCGAGCAGCAGCGCAGCGGGUUGCUGGUGCCCCUGGCGAGUCGCCGGAAGCCUUCCUCGCCUGGGCUGCUGCCAUCUGUCGCGCGCGGCUGACUCGCGGGGCCUUUGCCCUGCGGGCGCCGGGUGCUAGGGCGGCGCAGCGUGCCCGGCGGAUCGAGGGCGCCGUGGCGGCCGCGCGCCCAGCCGCGCACCACGGCGCUAAGGCGGCGCCUGGCGGGGCCCACACGGCGCGCACUUCGGCGUCCGCUCCGAGGCGCCUGGCCUUCCGGCUCGCGCGGGGCCUCGGCGGCUCGGCGCGCUCGCCAGUCGGCGACCCGCACUGCGAGGAGGACGUCCCCGAUGCAGACCCGCUGGAGUUCGACGUCUUUGGUGCCAGUCGCGUCGAGGUCGCGCUGGGCGGCCGCGCCCGGGCCACCGCGGCGCCGCUGUCCGAGCAGGCUGCCCUCGACCGCGAGGCUCGCGGCUGGGCUGGCCAGCGGGCCGCCGGGGAGGAGCACCGUGAGCCGUGCUUUCCUGCGCGCCUGCUUUCGGCGCCCCAGCCGCUUGCGACGCGGGGCCUGGGCCAGGCCGUCGCGUCCUUCCCCGUCGGGGCGGGCCUCGGGGCAGAUCGCGUG